AUGCAUUUUAUCGAUACAACUAGAUGUGUCUACUCGGGAGAGUUAUCAUCAGUUGUAAGGAAUGAACGACUAUCGGAACCGGAUUCUCAUACAACUUCUUUAAAGAAAAAGAAGAAGCAUGCAUAUGAUGAUAUAAACAAAGAUUUGCGGAAUAUAAGUUUUAAUCUUCCUAUGGACACAUUACCAAGAUAUUCUAAUGACUUACAUGUGAAUGGCACAACACAGCAUUUUAAAAGACGGUCUUUUGAAAUGACAUCAGAUGAACUUUUAAAUGACAGUCUUCCAUUCCGUCGUAGACAGAGCAGUGGUUCGUCAGUGUCAUCUAGCUAUAGAUCAAGACUAACAAGUAAUGCUUCUAACGCAAGUUCGAACUCGUCUUCUUGGAGUUGUGCAUCAUCUUGUUCAACUGGAUACUACAGGGUACCAAUUAUGGGAGCUCAAGGUGUCGGUAAAACAGCUUUAGAGAACCGAUUUAUGAGCUCAGAGUACAUGUCGCCUAAUGAAUCAAAUAUUGAUGAGUUUGACGAGAGAAAACUGACCGUUGUUGUCAACAAUGAGGAAUCAACAAUUGAAUUUAUAAAUUUUCUAUCCACUGAUGAUGAUGAUUUACCAGCAGAUGCCUAUGUUGUUGUGUUUUCCGUCCACGAUAGCGAUUCUUUCUUACUAGCAGAGGGUUUUCUACAAUAUCUACGGAAUGAAAUUGAUAGUGAUAGACCAAUAAUAUUAGUGGCCAAUAAGAUAGAUUUAGUCAGGAAACGACAGGUCACCAAAGAAGAAGCACGUGAGCUAGCAGAAGAAUUUGAAUGUAAAUACAUCGAAACAUCAGCUGUGUUAAACCACAAAGUUGACGAGCUACUAGUUGGAUUGUUAAAACAAAUAAAACUGAAGCUGAAUCCAGACGCAAUUCAAAAAGCAGCUACUUUGACACAAGGCUCAGGAAAAAGGCAUUCUCUUUUUAAAGGAGCAAAAAGACUGUUCAGUAAAAUCUUAAGACGUUCAUCAAAACCGUUUUCACAAUGUGAAAAUCUAUUUGACCUAUGA